UUCACAAUCCUAUUCCUAAAUUAAAUACAUGUUCGCUAAGCCCAAGACAAGUUAAUCCAAACAGACAUGACGGCAGCGGCAACAGCAUCCUGUUACCUCCUCCCUGUUCUUCGUUCACAACCGCCGUUACCGUCACUGUCACCGUCUUCCUCUUUCCUUUCAUUUCUCAAACCUUUCUUUCUUCCUUCUUCCAAUAUUACCCUUCGAAAACUUCACCGUCAUGCACCUCUUCCCAAAACCCUUCCCCACUCUUUCUUAUCCACACCCUCCUUUUCUUCCCGCGCUUUUUCCUACACCCCUCCCCUCUCCGCCGUAAUUGGAGCUUCAUCUCCGAAUUCCACAGAAGAAGCAUCGGAAGAAGAAGAAGAGUACGAUGAAGAAUCUGGUUUCACUGAAAGAGACAGUGUCGAAGAUACAGAAGUGGUGGAUUCGACUUCUUCGCCCUUGGUGGGAAAGAGGGAAGAGAGAUUGAAGUUGAAAAUGCCGAGUUUAAGUGUGAAGGAAAGGAAAGAACUUGCGUCUUAUGCACAUAGUUUGGGGAAAAAGCUUAAUACACAGUUGGUGGGUAAAUCUGGUGUUACCCCCAAUCUUGUUACCGCUUUCACUGAUAACCUUGAAGCUAAUGAACUUCUCAAGAUUAAAAUACAUGGGAGUUGUCCAGGUGAGUUAGAUGAUGUUAUGAAGCAGUUGGAAGAAGCAACUGGCUCAGUGAUCGUCGAUCGGAUUGGUCGAACCCUUAUUUUAUACCGGCCUAGUCUCUCCAAAUUGAAGGUAGAAGAAAAGAGGAAACAAGUUCGGAAACUUUUUCUGGAAAAACAACAUAAACGAAGACUACUAAUAAACAGGAGUAACAAACAAGCACCCAAAUCAUCAAAGCGAGGCUCACCGUGGAGAGCGAGAAGCAGUAGCUCAUAAACAAGUCAUAACUUUUUCAAAGUUUGCCCCGGUGCUUGGCCUGUAAAAGAUCGAGACUUUUCAUGCUUAUGUGCCAAAUACUGAAGGUACUCGACAUUUUACUGGCUUGUGAGAGUUCAGAGAAAGUCCAUUUUUGGAUCAAGAAAUGCUUAUAUGUGGUUCCUUAUCAGAGCUGGAGAGCAUAAUGUCUUGAAUUGUAUGGUUUGUUUUGUCGAAUGUCAUUUUGUUAUUAUAUAGUGUUUGUUUGGAUAUUAGGUGCCAAACAUUUUCUCGCAUCCGAACUCUACUUGUGACUGAAUCUUAGUUGAUAAAUUGCAUUUAUUUGCUCACAAA